CUUCUUCCAUACCACCGCAUUGUCAUACUUGGGACACUACCUGUUUCAUUCACAGUUUUAACUCAGAAUUAUCACCAACUUUUUUUCGGUAGGUUGAGAUUGAAAUCUAACUGCGAAAAAUCAGGAACCACAUCUAAUUGAAGAAUCACCACUAACCCCCAAAACUUCGGAAUUAUUGUACCAGAACCGCAAUAUACUCCCACAAUCACCCCCAUUACCAAUACAACACCUGCUACUCUCCACCAGCCCAAGUAGCCCCGCCACCACCAACAAGAGAAUGUCCACCACGCGCUCGCAACAAGUGAUCACAUUAGCUACGGUCGCAUCUCUCAACAACCUUUCAGAAGUCUCCAAUAGCACAGAAAAAAAACCGGUGUGGAAGGAGUUUGGCGUGUACUUGGAAAAGCGCAUCGAAGCCCAUCGUAACCCGGACCUCGCCACACAAGACUCAGCUGUCCACCUGAGCUACAUUGCCCUUUCGCAGCCAGACUCUAGUUACUUGGCCCAGAACGUUCGCUACAAGAUCUGCCAUCUGUGCCAACGUCCGAUUGGCGAGGCAAGUCUCCGAGGCCAUUACUCUCGGUGCGUAGAAAUGAAACAUAAAAAACAAAUCGUAGAGCCUGCCAGCGACGCCAGCGAUGCUGGAACUACGUCAGCAGGUACCAAACGUAAGAGAGCUAGGAACAAUGCAAACGCACUUCUAGAUCUCGACCCACUGUCAGUGGACUCAUCACGGAAUUCGACCCCAGUGCCCGGAACUCCUCUUCUGGCUGCUGGUUCAGCUACGAAUAACAGUGCUAGACCCAAGAAGAAGUAUAAGAAGUCGCAGACUCAAAGAGAAAAGGAAGCAGCUAAUGCUGCAGCGGCUGCAGCGGCUGCUGCUGAGAAGAAAGAGCCCGGUUCCAACGUUUCUUCGACUGCCGGCUCUAAGAAGAAGAAACAGCCCAAGCCAAAAACCGCAGCCAAGCCCAAGGGUCCCGUAGAUGUAGAGAAGCAGUGUGGAGUUCCGCUUCCGUCUGGUGGCUUCUGUGCUCGUUCCUUAACUUGUAAGACCCACUCCAUGGGAGCCAAAAGAGCCGUUAUCGGCAGAAGUGCUCCAUACGAUGUGCUCUUGCAACAGUACCAGAAACGGAACCAGGCCAAGAUUGCUGCUAGCAACGCUUUGGCCGCUCAAAGGCGUGAAAACGCAGCAUUUCACGGUGAAGGGGCAGAUGAUCAUGGGGACACAAGUACUAACUAUAACAAGGUUCUUGAUCCCGACGAAGAAACGCAUUUGGUGCUUGAGGGAUUAUCCAAGAAUAACCCCAUGCCGCUAGAACGUAAGAUAAUCUUACCUGUAAGACAUCGUCACCGGUUCUUGGCUGCAAGAGAAUUCUAUGCCAAUUCGCUCAUAAUUAACCAGAACAACCAGCAGAGUACUCAGGCUUCCGGAGGCCAGUCUACAGAGCAAACCUUGGCUAACCAGGCUAUCUCUGGUUCUAUAGGUGGACUCCAAGGCCGUUGUGCUUUAAUCAACGUCGAUGCCCCUGCUGCCAACACCGACUCUCCCACACAGUCGUUCAGUGCAAUUCCUGGCGAAAUGUACCAGGUGCGAGCUCCUCUGAAAGCCAUCUUGAUGACGGCGCAACACAACUCUAUGCAACAACAGGCGUUCCAGCAGCAGUUGGCCAAGUACCAGCAGCAGCAACAGGCGCAGUUGCAUUUGUUGAGACAGAGACAGGCUCGUGCUCUUCAACAGCAACAACAGCAGCAACAAUUAUCUCAGCAACAGCAGCCUCGUGUUCAGCUGUAGUUGUUGGGUGUCACGAAUGUAGUAUUAGUCCACAAUUGUAUUUGUAUAGGAGUGUAUGAUUAUAGUAUGA